AUGUUCUCAAUCACCCGCAUCCUUAUCGCCGCGUCCCUCGCACUGGCCGUCGCCGCGGUCCCCGGAGGGUUGGGCAGCGAGCCCACGCAGACGGUGACCGUCACCGCUACACCUACAGCCACUUCCGUCAGCAGCUGCAACACGGGCUGCGGGGCUCAGCGCUGCGAACAAGUCGGCGACCGGGUUUCCUCGAUUCUUGGAGCUCUGGGUGUCAUGGUGCAGGGGCUUGACGGCCUCGUCGGCAUCAGCUGCAACCCCGUUGUUGUCGCCGAAGUCUGUAGCAAAACACCUGUGUGCUGCGAAGAGAAUGGGAUAGGCAGCCUCAUCUCCGUCAGCUGCAUCGUGGUAUGA